AUGCGUACUUCCUGGUCGUGAAGGAUUAUGGGCUGGUGCAAAGAUCCCUGGGAGCGCCAGGUUUAUUACACUGAAACACCCAAGAUGGCAACCAUUCAGAUAAUCUAAAAGGUGAAAAAUAAGCCUCUUUUCUCCGGUUCUAAGGCAUUUUUGAACACUCUACCAACAUGUCUAGCGAAGCAGAUACGUCUCGCGCUAAAAGUGAAUUCAUUGUAGGCCAGAAAUACCGUCUUGUGAGGAAAAUCGGCAGUGGAAGUUUUGGCGACAUUUAUUUGGCGAUCAACAUACACAGUGGAGAAGAGGUUGCUGUGAAGUUAGAAUCGCUGAAAGCUCGCCACCCCCAACUGCUGUAUGAAAGUAAGCUUUACAAAAUACUACAGGGAGGAGUUGGAAUACCUCAUAUCCGAUGGUUUGGUGAUGAAAAAGAUUACAAUGUCCUGGUCAUGGAUCUCCUUGGCCCGAGUUUGGAAGAUCUGUUUAACUUCUGCUCCAGGCGAUUCACCAUGAAAACGGUUCUAAUGCUUGCUGACCAAAUGAUCGGACGCAUUGAAUACACCCACAACAAAAAUUUCAUACACAGAGACAUUAAGCCUGAUAACUUCCUGAUGGGCAUUGGUCGACAUUGUAACAAAGUCUUUCUUAUUGAUUUUGGGUUAGCAAAGAAAUUCCGAGAUUCAAGAACCAAACAACACAUACCAUACAGAGAAGACAAAAAUCUAACUGGCACAGCUCGAUAUGCCAGCAUCAAUGCUCAUCUGGGUAUUGAACAGAGCAGGCGUGAUGACAUGGAGUCCCUUGGUUACGUGUUGAUGUAUUUCAAUCGGGGAUGUCUCCCUUGGCAAGGAUUAAAGGCCAACACGAAGAAACAGAAAUAUGAGAAAAUCAGCGAAAAGAAGAUGUCAACUCCUGUUGAAGUGCUGUGUAAAGGCUUCCCUGCAGAGUUUGCAAUGUAUUUAAAUUACUGCAGGGGUCUGAGAUUUGAAGAGGCACCUGAUUAUAUGUAUCUGCGACAGCUGUUCCGCAUCUUGUUCCGCACCCUCAACUAUCAGUAUGAUUACACAUUUGACUGGACAAUGCUAAAGCAGAAAGCAGCUCAAGUUGCCCAGCAUACUACUACAGCUGCCUGUCAACAAAGAGAACGUCCAUAAAAAGAUCCUCAUUUGUGAGAACUCAGUACAAAUGUACAACAAACAGAUUUCGCUUCUUGUAAGCAUUGGUUGGUUACAUGAGCCACCUUCUAACCCAGAAAAGCAUGAGGGUCCCAACUAUUUGAACAUGUAUGGUAAAGUUGAGUCCUUUAUGAAUGUGACCAGAACGCAAUGUGAAAGAAGAUUCCUACAACAUGUAGUGAAGUAGACUUUCUGUGUCUGUGGACUGACAGUACAAUCCAGCAAUUUAAGACCAGAAAUUCUUGAUAAUUUAGUCAUUCUGUAUAUUGCUUCUGUACUGUUUUGAAUAUAUUUAUUCCAGGGCUUUAUCAGGCUUUCAAGGGCCUGGUUUUUGGAUUUGCCCAAACGAAAUAGAAGAGACAAGUGAAAAGAUAACCUGAGUUUUCCCAAUAUGUUAUAACUGAUAAACAUGAUUCACUGCCCCAGGUGACCAUUUUUUCUAUAGCAAAUUGCUGAAAGAUGUAGAUUUAGUCUUCAAACUCACCCUGUAUUGUAUAUUUUAAAAGCUAAACAGUUCAGGGCUUUUAUGCUCAAAAGUGUCCUUUUUUCAUGAAGACAAAUAAACAAAACCCUAUUUUAUGGUAUUUCAACCCAAAUUGUGAAUUCUCACAGAUAAGGUAAUGUUAUAUUAUCAAUAGUUCAAGUAACGUAUGUUUUUUUGUCAAUGGUAUUGAUAUAUAUUUUGGGGAAAAAAUGUCCUUGCAGCUCAAAGCAAGAUCAAGGCAUGCUAAGCUUGUGAUGUAAAUGUUUCUCAGUAGCACCUGUAAAUUUAAGCCUGAAAGGGAUAUUCAGCUAUUAUAUUAAUGUUUCAUCUUCAUUAUCCUUUGAACAAUGACAAACUAAGUACAUGCAUGAUAUUAUAUCAUUGUCCAGUCCAUAAGAUUUCCUUUCCUGCACCCAGCGGAAAGAAGGACAUGUCUAUCAUCUACUGAAGGUGGGAGGAAUAAAAGGAAUUCUUGUCAUAAUCUAAUACCUAAUUUCCUAGUAUUGUAACUUAGAUAUUAAUAUGAAUACAAGAAUAUGGUAGACGGAUCUAAAGAUAUAUGGAACUCAGAAGCUAUAUUACGUCUAAAUCUGUAAAGUGUGAAGAUGCACAAGCAAUAGUAUGUUGUGCUGAGGACUUUUGGUAUUAACAGGAAUUUCAACCAAUAUUUUUCAAGACUUGGAUAUGGAUGUCCAACAUUGUACAUGGCAGUUGCCUCCCUCCUACAUUGUGAUGUAAAAAUUGUAUGGUCCCAGCUUGACGUGCUGGAUUCUGAUUGAGCCUUGAACAUAGUUAACCCUUUGUAUGUGGUGUUGUAUGAACUUGAAUGACAUCUGGUUCAUGUGAGAUAAAUCUUGCAUGUUAAGGGUUAAACUGUGUGUGAGUUGAAGGCAGAGCAAAUUGUGAUCAAUUGUUAUCUUAUCGUAUGUCAGGGAUUUCUUUGGUAUUGUCAAAAAUCUUAAUUUAGUUUUUGAGUUUGGCUUAAUCUUUAGGUUUUAAAGAAUUUGUUUGAUUAUACAUACAUUUUUAACAAGUAUUUACAUGCUAAGUGAUUGUAGAUUUGAUAUUGAUAAUAGUGUGAAAUACUUACAUAUUUACUCAAAGGUAAUGUAGAAUCUGUAUACUUGUAUAUAAAUAUAUAUAUGAUGAAGGUAAAUAGUUGACAGUAUGUUAAUGUGUAACUUGUUGGAGUCUAAUGAAAAAGACUAGAAAUAUUUAUUGUGGUUCACUGUCCUGUAACUGUGGUCACUGGAACAAGACCUGUCAUUACGUUCUGUAUUCUUCUCUGACUCUUUCAUUUCGACAAUUCCCAUUGUGUUGACAUCUUCUAUGGGAUGCCAUUCAUGGCUGAUGCUUUUAAAUGGCAGUAAGGUAAAGAGUGUGGAUAUUGGUCUCAGAUGCCUUUAAAAGCAUACACAGGUUUUGAAAUUAAACAUGAAUGUCAGGGGGUCUUUGACAUUAGUAACACUGAUGUUAAGAGGUAAAGAUUGAGGUAACCCUCAAUUUAAAUACUAUUCCAACACCCCAAGGACCCCAGGACAUCCUGUCAUUUCAAACACUGCUCUCAUACACACACACACACACACACACUCACACACACACACACUUGUAAACAGGAAUGAAUUGUCCAAAAUGUAUUAGAAAUAUCUAGCCACUGACAAUACAGAAAUCAUUUCUUCCCCAUUACCUCUUCAUACUAUUAUUUUCUCUAUGUUGCUAUCUCUUGUUUCCAUUGUGAUAGAUGGACCUGUUUUCUUUCUGCAGUUAAUAUUGUCUUCUAUGGAUAUUUAACUUCCACUGUAAAUGACAGGGAAAGCUUCAACACUGUCAAGAUGAAAGAAAUAUUUCGUCUGAUUUAUUUUCCGUUAGUACUACAUUCAGUUGAGACGGUUACACAUAUUGUGAUUUGCUUGAUGUUUGUUAUACUAAAUAUUGUUUCCAGUUGUCAUAUACACAUCGUUUCAGUUGAAGACUGUAUGUAUGAAUUUUGAUAGUGUCUGAAUUUCUUCAUUCAUACCUUGUGAUGCUGUUACGACUUUGUGUAGUCGAUACUGUUGCCAUAUGUCUGAUUAAUGUUGUAAGGCCCCAAGUUGAUGCUAUGUGCUGCCAGAAUUACCUAUCUGCCUGCCUUCUUCAUGUCAUUCAUGCAAGCAGUGAUACUAUGGAAAUCAAAAUGCCUGACUUCAAGCAUCCCCUGUUGAACUUACACAAAGUGCUUACUGUACACAGGGGAAUUAUGUCAAUAUAUGAAAUAUCCGCACUUGUAUGAACUGUAUGAUAAAUUGACACAUUUUGUGUACACACUCGUGUAGUGGAUCCUCAACAUCUGUGCUAAUUAUAUGCCAAAUAAGUGUGCUGGUUUUUUUAUCAUGGCCAAACCAUUAAAUGUACUGUAUGUGUAGUGUCCAUAUGUGUUGAUUUCCAAGUGAAAAGUGUUAUGGCUCUACUGAAUGAGUGAUGCCCCAAAUAUUACUCGGGGUAGUUAUAUUUUCAUGAUGUCCUGAGAGCUAUGACUAUUUGUAUGUGUACAAGAUCCAAUUUUAAAUUAUCUGCCUCUGUGAACUCUAUCCCUCGCGUGGAGAUACUGGCUUCCACACUGUUAUGUGAGUAGUCUGUAUAUUAAUGUCAGGUUUGUACAUAUGUUGUCCUGGGUACUGGCAGUGUAGACAUGAUUUUAGUUGUUUAUUAAAAAUCAUACAACACUCGUCUCUCGUCUUUUAUGCUCGGUUGCAUCUGUGUAUAUGUUGAUUGAACAUUUGAAGAAGGCUGCUGAACUCGGGCUUGUUCGUGUACUGUUGACCACUCUCGAUUAUUGCAAGAUAUGUAAAAAUGCAUGGUUGGUUCUUCACUAAAGACUGUUAGCUGUCUGUGUCUUUAUCAACUAGUCCUAAGUCUGAGUCAAGUAAACUUUCUGUCAAAUAUCAUUAUUCCCCCUAUAUUCUCAUUAAAACCUAAGCGGUAUGUUGUUGAUAGAUGAUUUGGGGCUGGUACAGGUGGACUCAAAAGUGUUUGGCACAGACUGUUGCUAUGGAUAUUGGAUGGAAUACUGAUAAAUGAACUUUAUCAGGAAAAAAAUAAUUCUUUCAUUUGUUUUCUAGACGGUGAUUUGAAGAAUAAGAAAUUAAGAUUUUUCAAAUGAGUUUUGAUGAACAAUGUCGUGGCAGUCACUGGAAUUGUUUUUGUCUGUUUGAAUUUAUACAUUGUACGAGUUACUGGUUUCCAUGGUAACAACUGUACUGUGUUGUUAGCUAAGGCAGACAGGAUUUAUGAAGCUUUUGAAAUGGAAGAAUUGGCGCGUUGGAAAAUUAAUGUUGCAGUCUUUUUAAUAAAAUAUUGGUUUGGGGUGCUGAGAAAUAUUUUUUCUACCUUUCCAUUUCAUACAUUCUUUUAACGUAGGUGCCAUUACACUUUGCCCUGCUCUUGUCGAGGGUGGUUUGUACAGCAUUAUUUACAGUAUAUCUUUGCUCAGGUGGUCAGGCUAAGCGUAACUGUUGGCUUGGCCAUUUAUUUAUUGGUUGUCUUUGUUAUGUUUGAAGAAUAGUCUCUGUGAGCACAGCAUGUUGGAGGUUGAGAUUGCAAGGAAUGGUGUAUAUAAUUGUUAAACUGUCCAACAGUGUUCUUUAAAUUUUCCCUCCAACAAUCCUCAUUUCCAUCUGGUAGUUGUCAAGGUUUCGGAUUUGUUGUAACAGUUUGUGCAUCUUUCUGUGUUGACAGUGACCUUGUAAAUCCCUUGGUGCAAGAUCAGAUUCAAUGUCUUUGUAUAAUUUCAUACUGAAAUAUUUCAACUGCUUAGUUAUGUUUGCAGUGUAAAUUGUAACCCCCUGAUUAAUUCACAUAAAUUGAAUUACCUUUGAUAUCAAUGAACAAUCCAAUAGCCCUUCUCGGAUCUAUUUAGACAGAAAAACUGGGUUUUCACGUUUGUUGAACACAUAACUGUUUAGGACUGGUCCCCCAAACUCCAUGCUUGUUGAAUGCAUGCAUCAGAUUGUCAGAUGCAAUGAUUUGGUUGAUUGCAUAUCAAUAUACACUGAUGAUCAUAUCAGUCACUGGUUUGUCAGGUUCAGACUCCUUUUUUCACAGGUGGCUAUCAUGUAGCUGGAAUACUGCUGAGAGUGGCAUUAAAUAACAGGAAACUCUGAUGUGGCAGUGGGUAAUGUGUGAGGUGCCAUAUUUUGAGAUGUGUUUUCUAAUAUAUAAUAGAAUUCAGAAAAUGUGAUCUUGCACAUUUCUUUCAAGAUCUCACAUGGUAUCCAAAGUUUCUUUUGUAAGAAGUUAACAAGGUUCCACCGUACCUGCUUUGUUGUUGCUUUCUCUGUGAGAGGGUGGAUGCUGGGGACAUUUCAUAUUAAAUUUGAGAACUUUAACAUGUUAAAGUUAAAUCUGUUCUAUCAAAUGGAAGGUAGGUAGUUAACUGCUUAUGUAUUAUUUCCUACAGAAUGAAAGGAGGAAAAGAAGGCUUAUUACUGUUGAUUAUAGUGGAGCAUACAAAAGAAAAAUAACUGCCACUGUAAUACAUCAAGGUAAUACUUCACAGAUUUGUAUACACCAGUUUGUACAUCACCAGUGAAUACAUAAGGCGGAAAUGCGGUAUAAUCGUGACACAUGUCUAUUUUUAGUCAAGUAAUAGAAUUAGGCCCUGUAGCUUGUGGAAGUCAAAUAGGUCCUCCUCAGUGUGUGAAUUUGUGCGAACCCUACAAUUACCCAGCAUUCAAUAGAGUAGAGGACAGCAGAACUGUAAUGCUUACUGGUCAGAGUAACCUCUGUUUUCCCUCUCACUGGAAUGAGGCCAUGGCUUGAUUUGUGUGUUAAGAACAGUGAUUUCUCUGCAAAGUGGAUGUAUGUAUUCAUGGGUGAUAGAGGAACAUAGUGUAUAAAAACCAAUGAAGUAUUGAUGAUGGUGUAAUACGGUAGGACUUGGUUCGGAGUGUUGAACAGUGGUAUUCAAAGAUUGUGUAAUUAAUUUGGAAGGUAGAAUGAGUAGAUGAGAAACCUGGUUAUCAAUUUUUUUUCAAUAUUUCCCAAGAAUCUUGCCAAAGAGAACAUUGUGUCAAUACAUUUAUGUACAUUUAGGUACUUGGAAUGUAUUUUCCCAGUUGAACUCAGGACAUAGGAUGAGAACACUUAUUUUGAUUGACCUCAAUGCCAGACCAGUUUUAUUUCUUGUUUUACUGAAGUGUUUAAUGCAUCAAGGUACAUGGUAGAAAAAUGGUCAACUAGCGUCCAUUUAAAGUUAUGACAGAAGCAGCAACCAUGUGUCGGUAUAUGGCAUUCAGGACACUGUCUUGAAAAUGUUUGUUGAUUAUUGGGGCAAAAGUAUUGAUUUCACCAAUAAAAAGUAACGGCAGUAGAUGUUUGAAAAUAUCCCCUUGCAAUCAUUUUUGUUUACAUUUUAACUUCAUUCUUGUAUUUGACAGCAACUAGAUUUGUUCAGAAUGUAGAACUUGCAUAUCAUCCAAAACAAAAUUCUGUAUGUAUCACAAGUGUAAACUGUAAGCAUUUUGUAACCUGGUAUUUCCUAUAUUUUGUUUUUGUGUGUACGAUGUGAUUUAUUUUAUUUUCAAGACAGCAUGUACUGUAUUUUCUGUUUACAACAACCAGUUGCAGCCCGACUUGUCUGUUUUUGCUGUCCUUGAUCCCUAGAAUGCACAUCUCAAGGAAAACUGUAGUCGGCUUGUUUGGAGGAGUCACGUGUAUGUACAGGAAUUCUGUGUGCUUUUAUGGUGGAAUAAAUUUGUAGAUAUUUCAAGUGUAA